CCAGAUACAGUUUCUUUGCCAUGCUCUGUUCUGUACAACGGCAACAAAAAGUCUUUUGAGAACCAAAGAUACCCUUUGAAGCUUGUUUACCAAGGUGUAUUCCAGAGAAUAAGUCUUCGAACACCUUUGCCAUAUUGUCUCUGAGCUGUCAGGGGACUCAGGCUUAUGAGGAGGUACUGUCACACAAAACAGUGUCUAGUGAAGACGACAAGAAAGUGGGGAAAGGACUGGAAAAAGAAGCUAAAACACUAUAGGAAACCAUGAGAUCUAUUAGAUCUUUUGCCAAUGAUGAUCGCCAUGUAAUGGUGAAACAUUCAACAAUCUAUCCAUCUCCAGAGGAACUUGAAGCUGUUCAGAAUAUGGUGUCUACUGUUGAAUGUGCUCUUAAACAUGUCUCAGAUUGGCUUGAUGAAACAAAUAAAGGCACAAAAGCAGAGGGUGAGACAGAAGUGAAGAAGGAUGAGGCCGUAGACACCUAUUCCAAGGAUCAAGGUGGUCGGACAUUGUGUGGUGUAAUGAGGAUUGGCCUGGUUGCAAAAGGCUUGCUGAUUAAAGAUGAUAUGGACUUGGAGCUGGUUUUAAUGUGCAAAGACAAACCCACAGAGACCCUGUUAAAUACAGUCAAAGAUAAUCUUCCUAUUCAGAUUCAGAAACUCACAGAAGAGAAAUAUGAAGUGGAACAAUGUGUAGAUGAGGCUUCUAUUAUAAUUCGGAAUACAAAAGAGCCCACGCUAACUUUGAAGGUGAUACUUACUUCCCCGCUAAUUAGGGACGAAUUGGAGAAGAAGGAUGGAGAAAAGGUUGCGAUGAAAGAUCCUCCGGACUUACUGGACAGGCAGAAAUGCCUGGACGCCUUGGCGUCUCUUCGACAUGCCAAAUGGUUUCAGGCAAGGGCAAACGGAUUAAAAUCAUGUGUAAUUGUCCUCCGCAUUCUGCGUGAUUUGUGCAACAGAGUUCCCACAUGGGCACCAUUAAAAGGAUGGCCACUAGAGCUUAUAUGUGAAAAGUCUAUAGGUACUUGUAAUAGACCUUUGGGCGCUGGGGAGGCCUUGAGACGAGUAAUGGAGUGUUUGGCAUCUGGAAUACUACUUCCUGGUGGUCCUGGUCUUCAUGAUCCUUGUGAGCGAGACCCAACAGAUGCUUUGAGCUAUAUGACCAUCCAGCAAAAGGAAGAUAUUACCCACAGUGCACAGCAUGCACUCAGACUAUCAGCCUUUGGCCAGAUUUAUAAAGUGCUGGAGAUGGACCCCCUUCCAUCUAGUAAACCUUUUCAGAAAUAUUCCUGGUCAGUUACUGAUAAAGAAGGUGCUGGGUCUUCAGCUCUGAAGAGGCCAUUUGAAGAUGGAUUAGGGGAUGAUAAAGAUCCCAAUAAGAAGAUGAAACGAAACUUAAGGAAAAUUCUGGAUAGUAAAGCAAUAGACCUUAUGAAUGCACUAAUGAGGCUAAAUCAGAUCAGGCCUGGGCUUCAAUAUAAGCUCUUAUCUCAGUCUGGCCCUGUCCAUGCCCCAGUCUUCACAAUGUCUGUAGAUGUGGAUGGUACAACGUAUGAAGCCUCAGGGCCAUCCAAGAAAACAGCAAAACUUCAUGUAGCAGUGAAGGUAUUACAAGCAAUGGGAUACCCAACGGGCUUUGAUGCAGAUAUUGAAUGUAUGAGUUCCGAUGAAAAGUCAGACAAUGAAGGCAAAAAUGAAACAGUGUCUUCAAACUCAAGCAAUAAUACUGGAAAUUCUACAACUGAAACCUCCAGUACCUUAGAGGUAAGAACUCAGGGCCCUAUCCUCACAGCAAGUGGCAAAAAUCCUGUAAUGGAGCUCAAUGAAAAAAGAAGAGGUCUUAAGUAUGAACUCAUCUCGGAGACUGGUGGAAGCCAUGACAAACGCUUUGUAAUGGAGGUAGAAGUAGAUGGACAGAAAUUCAGAGGUGCAGGUCCAAAUAAGAAAGUGGCAAAGGCAAGUGCAGCGUUAGCUGCCCUGGAGAAGCUGUUUUCUGGACCCAAUGCAGCAAAUAAUAAGAAAAAGAAGAUUAUCCCUCAGGCAAAGGGUGUUGUGAAUACAGCUGUGUCUGCAGCAGUCCAAGCUGUUCGGGGCAGAGGAAGAGGAACUCUAACGAGGGGAGCUUUUGUUGGGGCUACAGCUGCUCCUGGCUACAUAGCUCCAGGCUACGGAGCACCGUAUGGUUACAGCACCGCUGCCCCUGCCUAUGAGGUGGCGUAAAUGAGCCCCAGCGUGGCAGUGGGCUCUCACCAGCAGCGUUACUGAAGUGCUGACUGCAGACAGUCUGUGGUACGUGUUACAGAAUCAUAGGAUUGUCUCCUCUCCCUCCAAAAAUAAGAAAGUAAAAUAAAAGUAAAUGCAGAAAUGAAACUCAGUGGCCCUUUGGAUAACUUUUGAAUGAGGUUUAUGUGGCAAUGGAGGCAGUAGGUUUGGAGUCAGUGAUAUGCCCUCUUAGACCUUUUCCCUGAGGCGCUACACGUUGUGGGUCCGCCAUCUGCAGGAUGUCUGCCACCGCGAGAAGAAGAGAGCAUGGGUGUGCGUGCGCGUGAGAGAGCGUGGCGCGAGUGUGUGUGCGUGCACGGGUGAGCACGUGUUGGUGCGACCUCAGGCUGGAUGUGCACGCGCACAGCACGGAAGGACGUGGACUGUCCCACUACUUGUGGCGUCAGCCCUCCACACGAGUCUCAGGACCCUUCAUUAUGCUUUCUCUCUUCAUGCGUCAGCUUUUCCAUCUUUGUUCAGAUGAAAAUUAUGGGUCCUUACGACACUGCUAAAUUGAAGCUUCAUCUGAUGUCCUAACUGUAAAAAAUAAGUAGAAAAUGAACAGUUUUACUACUUUCCCCUUUAAGAUAGACUAUUUCUAUCCUGGAAAGAUGUGGAGAAGCUGCAAGUGUCAAAUGUUUGGCGUGAGUUUUCUCUACAGCAAAGUGCCCCGUCUGGGGUUUCCUCCUCUACCGGAAUGUUUCCUCUGGAACACUCCAGUAUGGUCAGGGCUUCCCCAGAUUCCCCACGUCCCUGAUGUGGGGUAAUUGGGAAGUGAGAACUUAUUCAAGAAAAUGUUUCCACCCAGAGUUGCUUCUAAAUUCAAAUUCUCUAGUUCCUUGUGGUUUUGGCCAUUUGCUUUUCUCAUUCAGCCACCUUGUGGGUAUCCUGGCCACCUCAUCCCUCCUGUGAAUUAGGUCUGGGCAGUUUAUCCAAAUGCAUCUUGACUCACUGCUCCAUCGUGCUAUGUCUUGCGUGAGCGGCAGAGCACCUGCCUGCUGGGGCGGGUUGUUAAGUCUGUGUCUUUCUUUUAGACAAAGUGAAGUCUCACGUUCUUCAGUACAGGUUUGCUAGAGCUUAAUUUUUCUCCUUGAAACACUGGUUUGUCUAGGCUUUAAGCUGCAUUCAUGUUUUUCCUCAGUCUUUAAUUUUUCUCUCUUGUUCCUCCCUUUCCUCUAACAUUAUACUUUCACCCUGUGGCCUCUGAGCCCCACUUCAGAAGGCUCCUCUCUUCCAUGUGCCAUAUAACUGACUUCCAAAGCUGGUGAAAUUUGAUGCCCCCAUUUUUCACAUAAAAGAUUUGGUUUUUAAAUGUUACUGUGAUGCCAACCUACUAAAACAAUGCUUUAUUUUGGCUGUAAGGUAAAUAUGUCUUUUGGCCUUUGUAAAGCUGUUGCAUGUGGGGUAAUUUCCCUCUGAUCAUCUGGUGCUCUUGAAUACCUGCUGUUGCUGCUUUGUGAUUUCUCCAUAGGUUAAAUAUUAGACUAGAAAUAGCAGAUUUCAAAUCAUGCUUGAGUAUGCAGAAGUUUGUGAGGCCACAAGAACUCGUUCAUUACAAAAUUAAGAAAGUAGUUAAUCUUUCCAGAUUUGCCACGCCAAUAUCGGCAGUAGCCAUUAAGAAAGUAAGUACCUGGUCGUGACUCCAGGUGGAGCGGUCUCUCUGGGGAGCGGAGGCCUGCACGGAAAGCUGUGCUUUGGGUCUUGACUGACAGCCAUCCCUGUUUCUCCUGUAAUAUGUGAUGUGCCAAAUUGAAAACGAUUCUGGAUUUCUGGAGUCCCUCUGGAAUAUUAAUCAGUAGCACUGCUUGUGAUCUUUGGAACUCAUGGCUGCUCACUCAAAUGAAAUUGCCUUCUGAAUAUCAUUCUUCCUAGGAUAUAGCCCUCUUAAUUUUGAGUGGAAAAUAACUAACGAUCAAAAUAUUAGGAGCAAUUUCAAAACAGGAGAUCUGUUGAGAGGUUUGUGGGUCUCCUCCCAGAUGGUUCAUGUUGACUGACUAAUCUGGAAAAGGUUAACGAUAAUUACUGUAAGAUAUUUUUUAACCUGAAAUUUUUAUUGGAUUAUUAAACUUAUUUGGAGUCCUCUCCGUUUCUUUUCU